AUGUUGAUCAUCGUAUUGAUAAUACUCUUUGCUCUGUACGGCCCAGCACACGCUCAUUCUUGGGUGGAAGAGCUCACACUCAUUGCCCCAAAUGGAACAUUCGUCGGCACUCCGGGAUAUGCUCGAGGAAACUACUUGCGUACGGAAUCUGGCUUUAGUGACACUGCCAUGACCUACUUGAUACCGCCCAGCACAAGGGAAAAUGUUACUCAGAUUCUCCCUACCGAUAAAAUGUGCAAGGACACCCAGCAGGAUCAAACUCAGUCAGAGGGAAGCCCUCGGCUUCAAGCCAGCGCCGGGGCGGCGAUCGCCCUCCGUUUCCAGGAGAAUGGUCAUGUCACGCUUCCUCAUACCCAGCCCGGGAAGCCCGCGAACCGGGGAACCGUUUAUGUCUAUGGCACCACACAACCCAAGACAGGCGAAAAAUUUCUUGAUGUCCAUGGAGCCUGGACCCAAGAUGGUACGGGAGGCGAUGGGCGCGGGGUACUCCUGUCAGUUCAAAAUUACGACGACGGGCGUUGCUACCAGGUCAAUUCGGGAGAAAUCUCAGGGACUCGGCAAGCGAAGUACACGCACACAACAGACCCGAGGAUGGGAGCAGACCUCUGGUGCCAGCAAGAUAUUCAACUACCUUCCGAUGCUCCUAGUGGUAAGCCGUACACACUCUACUGGGUGUGGGACUGGCCCACUGCCGCGGAUGUUGAUUCCACAUAUCCCAAUGGAAAGGCCGAGGUCUAUACAACUUGUAUGGAUGUGGAUUUGGUGAACGUGGUCAGCAAGCAGGCAAUCAAGAGUGAUUAUGAGAUUGACCAAGAUCUUAACAAUGCUGCAAUCCCUUCGCAGUUCGACGCACUCGGCCGUCCGAUAUCCUCUCAGUCAAUCACAUUUGCCACAUCGUUAGCUGCGACAGGGGUUCCAAUGUUCUCUCAGCCAGCCACAUUUGCCACAUCCUUAGCUGCGACAGGAGUUGAGCCCAAAACAGUCACAGUGACAGACUGGGUGAUCAGCACAAGCACAGUAUUUAUGGCGGGGAGCCAACCCACUUAA